AUGCCUGGCACGUCAGCCGGCAGCCACAAGCCUCCGCAGGUCAGCCAGGUCGGCAAGCUGCAAGAGCUGGUCUACUUGGGCAUGACACGCCUGCAAAUCAUCCUCUUUUCAAGCCCCAUGACACGCGCUUUGCACUCCUCCCCCUCAUCAUCCAAGUCAUCGUCGCCAUGGUCCGGCCACAAGCACGGCCCGCACUCCGCAGCCGGGCUUUUCAACUCCCACUAUGUCGAGCCCAUGUUCCUCUGGUGGGGGCUCAACACUUGCGUUCUUCUGGGCCCAGCCGUCGGUCUUGUGUCCGUCAAGGACUCGGACGACAGCACGCAAGCCGGCUGCUUAAACGGCGCAUCCCACAACUACGCCGGCUCAUAUCUGCUUUCGGAGCGCGCUGAGGCCCUGCACAAGCUAUGUCUGGAUGUGCUCCCCGUCACGUUGGACUUGGGCGUGCUUUUGGACGCAGUGCACCAGUCGAGCUUGGCGACUCGAGCCUUUUACACAUUUGGGAUACACUAUGCUCAGUAGCCCGGCGUAUUGGACACAAAGUUCCCCUGACCAUUCUCUUUCACGACAUGCGCAGUGUUCCAGGCAUGGCGCAAAUUGCC